GAACUCAGUUGUGCCUGGAGAAUGAACAGCGGAUGAUGCUUGAGAUUUUCCUUAACUCAAAGCUUUUUGGCAACCGUGUGCGUUUGUCAAGGUCAAAGAGCAAAUAACGACUCCUACUCAUCACACGUCUUCUCUCAAUCAAGUUCCUGUUCUUUCCUCCACAACAAGAGCCCUGAAUGGAAGAUUAAGCGGAGACAUGCUUGAACAUCACUUCGGGCGGCGGAACAAAGGGAGCACUCACUCUCUCACACCAUCCCUCGCAGCCAUCCUGUCAGAAUGUUCUCUUCCGAGGAGCUGUGGAACUCCACCGAGCAGGUCUGGCUCAACGGCUCGGAGAGGGUGAACUUCUCUCUGGGAAGGCGCGAGAGCGACGACCACGAGGAGGAGGAUGGGGAUCAGCACCCCUUCCUCACAGAUGCCUGGCUGGUGCCCCUCUUGUUCUCCCUCAUCAUGCUGGUGGGUCUGGUGGGCAACUCGCUGGUCAUCUAUGUCAUCUCCAAACACAGGCAGAUGAGGACUGCAACUAAUUUCUACAUCGCAAACCUGGCUGCCACUGACAUCAUCUUCUUGGUGUGCUGCGUCCCCUUCACUGCCACCCUCUACCCCCUCCCUGGAUGGAUCUUUGGCAACUUCAUGUGCAAGUUUGUCGCCUUUCUACAGCAGGUGACGGUCCAAGCCACUUGUAUCACCCUGACAGCCAUGAGUGGAGACCGCUGUUACAUCACGAUCUACCCUCUGAAAUCUCUCCGCCACCGCACCCCCAGAGUAGCCAUGAUCGUCAGCGUCUGCAUUUGGAUCGGCUCCUUCAUCCUGUCCACCCCCAUUUUGAUGUACCAGCGUAUAGAGGAGGGAUACUGGUACGGUCCCAGACAAUACUGCAUGGAGAGGUUUCCCUCUAAAACACACGAGAGGGCUUUCAUCCUCUACCAGUUCAUUGCUGCCUACAUGCUCCCCGUCCUCACCAUCUCCUUCUGCUACACUCUGAUGGUGAAGAGGGUGGGUCAGCCCACUGUGGAGCCUGUGGACAACAACUACCAGGUGAACCUCCUAUCUGAGAGAACGCUAAGUAUCAGGAGCAAAGUGUCCAAGAUGGUGGUUGUGAUUGUCCUCCUCUUUGCCAUCUGCUGGGGACCCAUCCAGAUCUUCGUCCUCUUCCAGUCGUUCCAUCCAAACUACCGAGCAAACUACGUCACAUACAAGAUCAAGACGUGGGCCAACUGCAUGUCGUACGCCAACUCCUCUGUCAACCCCAUUGUUUACGGAUUCAUGGGAGCCAGCUUCCAAAAGUCCUUCAGGAAAACCUUCCCAUUCCUUUUCAAGCACAAAGUCAGAGAUAGCAGCAUGGCGUCAAGGACCGGCAACGCCGAGAUCAAGUUCGUCGCGGCAGAGGAAGGCAACAAUAACAACGCUGUGAAUUAAAAACGACAAUUCAAAAUAGGAGGAAUGAGAUUCACAAGGUCCAGAGCCGUUGCAUGAAGACAAAGAAAGACACGAUAAACAUCAGCCUCCAGAUCAUUGUGUGACUGAGACGUUUGGCAGACACAUUUAAUUUAUGUUCAUUAAUACAAACCGAUGUGGAGAAACAAAGACUCAUAAUACGCUUUGGAACAAUAUGUCAGCCUUUCCACUGCCAGAGCCGGGCGGCGUUGGCACAACGUGUCGUCCACGUAACCGAGGACAGACGUUCAUGUCUGUAGAAGAAAAAGGGAAGGUUUAAAACAUGGACAAAAGAUUCACAGGUCCUAAUCAUGUCUGCAGCUUGUAAAGUGUCCAGCAUUUGGACGGAUGAUGGUUAAAGACAGUUUAUGAAAACUGAAUGUACAUUUUGAAUUGAGUAUUCUAGAAUAGAUGCCCAUGGACAUGUUAUUGUUUUAAAUGUAUGUUGUUGCACCCGUCACUACAAAGAAAUAGAAUAAUUCAACG